AUGUAUCAUCGAAGAAACUAUCUAAACAGCUUCUCUCUAACCAUUAAAAGCCAUUCGAAUAAUAGGAUAGACUAUUCAAGGGCAAAGAGAAAUGAGAUCCAAGAGAGGGUUAAAUAAAUGUAUAAAUACCUGAAUUGGAAAGCAUCGGCAGAACAGUGAGCAAAGAAGUAGUAGGAGGCUGAAGAUCUCCACCAGCAGAAGGAAUCACAAGAGUGGCCAGAUUCUCAACUUAAAUUUGACCGACAACUUCGGAAAGGUGAAGUUUCAAGGAGAAUGCUUGCUCCCUAAGAAUAGUUAUCUGAAUAAAUCAGAGCGAAGUAUUAAUUUUAGAGACCCAACAGACUACUCUUCAGCAUUUUAUCGAGAUCUUGGUGAAAAAUUGAAGGAAAAUAUGGUUGAUAAACGAGCAAUGAUCAAGCUAAACCUAGAAAAAUUUAUAAAGCGAUCUAAAUAAAGAGAAAAUUCCAGUUAGACUUUUAAUGCCCAAGAGAAUUUACCCUCGAUGCCAGAUGGAACGAAACCUCCAGAUGGAAGGGUGGACUGAUUAUCAGAGCUCCCAUUCUAACAUGUACGGAAAGAAAAUUAUUGUAAAACAUGACUAUUUGAAACCCCAGAAUGAGAAAAACAAAAUUAGAUUUAGCUGAAGAGAAAAUAAAAAGCAUCUUUCAUUCUAUGAAAACCAGCCCAGGGCUGUAAGAAAGAGGAAGACGUUGCUACAUCAGAGAGCUAACUCUGGGAGGAAGAUAAAGAGUAUUGAUUGCCAAACCCAGUUGGAUCCUCCUAAUCUCCAAGUGAUUGAUCUCUAGUCCAACAUUUGUUGGGAAAAUUCAAAUU